GUCACGUGUGCGGCUGCUUAUUCUGGUCUGUCCGGGCUGGAAGAUGGAGCUGUCUGCUGUCGGAGAGCGAAUCUUUGCCGCCGAGUCCAUCAUCAAACGCCGGGUCCGAAAGGGUCGAAUCGAGUAUAUGGUGAAGUGGAAAGGAUGGGCAAUCAAAUACAGUACGUGGGAACCUGAAGAAAACAUUCUGGACGGCCGCCUUAUUGCGGCUUUCGAGCAGAAAGAGAGGGAGCGGGAACUCUAUGGUCCCAAGAAGAGAGGACCCAAGCCAAAAACCUUCCUUUUAAAGGCUCGUGCCCAGGCGGCAGAAGCAGUCCGCGUAUCAGAGCUGCACUUCCCUGCUUCCUCGAAACACCCCUCCUCUUCCUCUUCCUCUUCCUCUCACUCCCGCCCCCACCACGCCCCUCCCCUCCGCCAUCCCCACCCGGUCGUCUCCCCCAAGCUCCACUCCGGGGCUGCCGUUCACAAGCUGAAAAAAGACAUCCGUCGCUGCCACCGCAUGUCUCGGCGCCCCCUGCCCAGACACGACCUCCUGCCCUCGGGCUCCCACUCCGUGUCCGCCCCCUCCGGAACCCCGGGGGGCCCCCAGCUCCUCCGCCCGCCUGUGUCUCCCUUCUCUGAAACGGUGCGGAUCUUGAACCGCAAGGUGAAGCCUCGAGAGCCCAAACGAGGCCGGAUCAUCCUCAACCUCAAGGUCAUUGACAAAGGAACGGGUAAUAAUGGCAGUGGCCACGGCAAUGCCCCCCCCAGUGGCACAAUUCGCAGGAACCCCCCCGGCCGCCCCAGAAUCCCGUCCCGCAAUCGAGUGAUCGGGAAGAACAAGAAGUUUGGUGAGGCUGGGCUGCCCAUGCGAGCUCCGGCCCACAUGAAGUUUGCCGGCUUCUCUCUAUACGGGAAACAGCAAAACCUAAGCGGCACCCCUCCUUCCUCAUCAGCCGCCCUUCCCUCUUCUGCUCCCUCCACUCUCCUGGGACGUCCCGCCGCUUUAGGGCGCCCUCCUACUUCGCCUUCCGUGAAGAAGCCCCCGGCGAUCGGCCCUCCUUCCUCUGUGGCGGGGCGCUACCAGCACAGCUCCCCUUCGUCCUCCUCCUCCUCCUCCUCAUCCUCCUCCUCUUCCACCAGCUCGGAGUCGUCUUCAGGCAGCUCCGGCUCCAGCAGCUCUUCAUCCAGCGGCUCGGACUGCCCCCCCUCCCCUCCUUCCCAAAUCCAGCCCCCUCCUUCCUCAACCGCAGUCCCUCCCUCCAGCGCCCGGGCCGAAUCCCCACAGCCCCCUAAACUGAGCCCCCAGACCACUGGCCCCAGAUCGGGUCUGCACCACCGCUCCUCCUCCUCCUCCUCCUCUUCCUCCUCCUCCUCGUCCGAUGAAGACGACGUGGAGUCCAGGGUCUUGGAUCUGUCCGUCCCUCCCGAAUCCAGCGCGGCAACUCCCGCGAACAAGGAAACUCGCAAUGACAACGACGACGACGAAGACUUCGAGGACGUCAAGGGCGGCCGGUCGUCUCCCCCUCCCGUCGCUGGCUUCGAACCCGGCCCGGAUUGGCGCCCAGAGAUGUCCCCUUGCUGCGCCAACGUGGUCGUGACCGACGUGACCACGAACCUCUUCACCGUCACCAUCAAGGAGUUCUGCAACGCGCAGGAUUUCACGGGCGCCAAACCGACGAAACUGAAGAAGCCUGGAAUACAAAAAGAUCAACGAUGUCAAAAAGCUACUGAGGAAAGCGUUGGUAAUUACACCCGAAAUUGGACAUGCACGAUUUAGACAGGAGGCAAUUAUUACUUGCGCAACUUGGAAACAAGACGAACACAUGUAUCUAUAUAUGUAGAUUUCAGUUAUAUAAUUUUAUUUUGUUAAUCCAGAAUGCAACUAGUUAAAGUGUAAUUAAAACACCUCUCAAGCAAGCAAACAUGCAGACAGAUGCACACUCUGAAAUCAUGCUUUUACCUUGUGUUCUGUUUGGUUUUUUCGUUUUUUUUUAUCAGUGACGAUUCAGAGUAAAUGGCUAUGACAGUGAUAUUCAGGAUGUUCUGUCGAUGUACACCUUGUAUUUUUUGCUUAUGUUUAUUGUACUGGCACUUAAAUAAAACAAUGAAAUAUA